ACAACACCACCAGCAGCAGCAGCAUCAUCUCGAGCGUCGGACCAGCCACUGCAUCCAUGGAGACACGUGGCCCACGUCCACAACCAGAAGCACGUGCUGAAUGCCGCCCGCUUCCCAUUCCUCAUUCACCUGGCGGACUCCACCAACCUCUACUUGAUCCUGCCCCUAAUCAAUGGCGGCGAGCUGUUCAGCUACCAAUGCAGGGUUCGCAAGUUCAACAAGAAGCAGGCCCGCUUCUAUGCCUCUCAGGUGGAAUUAGCCCUCAUGUACUGGGACCUGAAGCCAGAGAACAUCCUGCUCGACCAGCGAGGCUAUAUCAAACUCACGGACAUUGGUUUUACAAAGAACUUCCCUAUGAAUACACUAAUUUUAAAACCUCAGAGAGUGGACGGCCGAACUUCGACCAUGUGUGAAAUGCCGGAAUAUUUGGCCCCAGAGAUUGUGGAACUCCGGCCGUAUAACAAAUCGGUGGACUGGUGUGCCUUCGGAAUUUUUGUGUACGAGUUUGUGGCGGGUUGUGGUUGAAAUCAUAAUACAAGGCCUGCAGACAGCCCAAGG